AUGUUCUUAGCUAUCCGCCGGUUCUUCAACAGGAACAAACGGAGGUUUCUUAUCACUUCUGGUGUCAUCGCCGCUGUGUAUUUAGGCCUUGGUUAUCUAAAGAAGAGAUUUGACGAUUACCAGAGACAGAUUGCACAGGAGAGGAUCCAAAGAGCAAGAAUAAGGGACAAGUUUGAAAGAACCCAGGAGGAUUGUUUAGUGACAGUUGGUGCUCUGUGUUCCGUUGUGAACCAAAGGAUUCUGACUGAGAUCCCUGUGGAGGACAUAACCAGAGAACUACAGGCAAGAAGAAAAGUUCAGACUGGUAAGGAAGGCUCAUUGACGGGCAGCUCCAUUGAUGAUUCCGUUGCAGGCGAGUCCUCUGCCACCGACGCUGGCGACACUGCCGGCGAGGUUGAACUCAAGACAAAGAGCCAGCUAUGGGUUGAAUUGAAGAUCCUGUCAAUAACAAGACUCUUGACGUUGAUAUACACCGAUGCAUUGGUUGUGCUAUUGACCAGGUUACAGUUGAACAUUCUAGCAAGAUCAGAGUACUUGGAGGAUGCGAUUGAUCAGGCCUCGAAGAAGCAUGGAUUCCAGUUGAAGGACGCAGACUUGCUGAACGAUGUAGAUGAUGUCAAGGAUUACACCAGUGAGGAGGAAUACCUCGCACUGAGUUGGUGGGUUUUGAACAGAGGCUGGGUUGCAUUGAAACAGCUGAUUCAACAAGCUGUUGAGGACGUAUUUGAAGAGAUUAGCCCACGCUAUGAUCUCGAUAUCGAAGAGUUUGCCGUGCUGAUCGGCAGAGUCUCCCAAGUGUUAAAACAAGGGUUGGACCUGGAUAAGUUGCUAUUGCCACCACCGGAACUGCAACAGUUUGUCAUUAGAAGCGUCAACGACUCUGCACCUGUUGAUGAAACUAUGCCUCUGGAGAACAAAGCGGACAGUGGGAGCAACAACCUGGACCUCCUGGUGCAGGAGACACACGGCUAUUUGAAAGCACCAUCUUGCCAAAUCGUAUACGACAGUUUGGUAUCCACUUCCUUGAACCAAGUGCUGGCGCAGCUGGUGUCGAAGCACCAAGGCUCAACGGUUAAGCUCGCUAUGGUUUUGGCCACAGUGACCAAAUCGAGCCAGAUGAUGAAAGACCCACUGGACAUCGUGCAGUCUAUGGAUCAGGUUGUCGAGCUUGAUGAGCUAAGUGCAUCUGUGUAUUCGAACUUUGAAUGA